AUGAGUGGGUUGUCCUCUUCCAUCUCCUCCGACUCAGACAUUAUAUCCGACUCCGCCUCUGCCGCCGGCUAUAGAUACAGCAUGGACUCAGUACAACUCCCCAUCGCCUCCAUCGAGGCGCUUCGCUGCAUGCGAUGCGCCCGCUCCGUCGAGGUCACAUCCACCGACGACAUCAGCGCCAUGGGCAUAGUCCGUAUCGCCCACAACCUCUACUACUGCAAGCGCUGCGCCAAGAUGGUGGGAUACAAAUAA